AUAGAAUGUUUAGAUACAAUGCAACUAGACUACGCAUGUCAGUGUGCAGGUUUAUCAGUAGGAGAAACCAAGAAGCGGACCAGAGUUAAUUUCAUGUCGCGUGGAUCAGUCCGUAGAUCUAAACCGUCAUGUCUAGCGUAAGGCGGCAGGAAAAACAAUGGGUCUCUUGCAUCGGAGAUUUCACCCUUUCGCGGGACUUUUUAUCACGUAAGAGAACCGACUCACCUUGGAUAACUCUCAAAAUACUUGAUGCUCUCCUAAGAGGAUAUGGACAGGUGGUUUGUGCGAACAAUCCAAUCAGCGGACUGUUAAUACUCGCUGCUUUUACUGUAGUUACACCAGGUAUGGCUUUUAUUGCCACCUGCACCGGAGUCCUAGGUCUGUUGUUAUCGAUGAUGAUCGGGGAGUCCCAAGUUCACAUUGAAAACGGUCUCACCGUUUUCAACCCCCUUCUAAUUGGGGUCUUGACGCACCACGUUGUUCCUGACAUAUACGAUUCUCUUGAUGGACGUUUGUUGGUUUAUUUGUUGAUGGCGGUGGUGCUAACCGUUUAUUUAACGCGGGCCCUCGGAAGUGGAAGACUUCCGUGCUUGUCAGCCUCGUUUAACUUCGUUCAACUUAUCCUUAUAUUUACCCUGGCUUCGAGGGGCAACAACGCUGCCUCAGUGACCAACAAUACAACAAUUGAGAUAAAUGUUACGGAAACAUCGCAUCAUUCGGCAUCUGGAGAUUCACACUUUAACGAUCCAACAAUUUUGAACGUUACAAACGUCGAUGUGGAUUGGGGAAUGGUUUUUAGGGGUAUGGUGACUUCAUCCUCUCAGGUUUUUGCUGUGGACAACGUGGCUGUCUCUUCAAUAAUUUACCUCGCCAUCUUGACCUACUCUCCUAUAAUGGCAGCAUUCGCUUUUGCCGGGGCAAUGCUCGGUUCGCUCACCGGGUUGGUCUUCAACGUCCCGUUGGACGAGAUAUACUGCGGACUUUGGGGCUACAACGGCCUUUUGACGAGUGCCAUUUUGGGUGGUUUGCUGAUCAUCCUUGGUUGCCAAACGACGAUGGCGACUAUAUUAGCUAGCAUUUUUGCAACAAUUCUUCAAACCGUUUUGACUCCACUUUUUGCCAAGGCUGGUUUGCCGGUAUUAUCGGUGCCCUUUGUCGUAACGACUUGGCUUUUCCUGGGCCUCAGGGGUCCUGCGGGAUCGACUUUUGUCGAACCUGAAGAUUAUUCGUUUCCGGAAAAAAUGCGAUACGAAUAUAUCGAGUCGCAACAAACAACGGCUAUCUCUUCUCGGUCCGAAGAUUCGAACGAGCUUGAGAUUUUCAAGGCGGAAAGACAGGCGCUGAAAUAAAUUCGACGUCGGUUUAAAAAAAUGUCCGUCUUUACGGUCUCUCUGGUUUAAAAAACACGUCUUUAAAGAGAAGAAGAUGAAGAAAAAAAACUAACCACGAAAAAAUCUAUUUAUGAAAAUGAGAAAAUGAGAAAAAAAAAAAAAAUAGGUACGACUAAAAAUAAAUUGUCAGACUCUCUUCUCCGAGAUUAAAUAAUAAGUGCCUUUACACUAUAACGACUAUCGUGUAAGUUUAUUGUUAAAUGAUCGUCUUAUACGUAAUUUAUAAAAUUAGUAUCAUUAUUUUAUUGUUUUUAUUCGGUAGAUAUGGUGAAAAAUAAAAGUGAAGACUUCUUUA